AUUUAAUAAUUUAUUAGAGAUGCAAAGAGUAGUAAGGUUUGGAUGCAGUACAAUAAAUAAAUUAGAGAGUGAAAUGAAUAAAAUUGAAAAAGUUUCUUUUAAAGAAAGAUAUCUAUCAUUCUAAAGAGAAUGGAAUGAAUUUAAAAAUCGAGCUAAAGAAAUGUAUGAAUUAGUUUUAAUGAAAUUUGUCUUUAGGCCUCCAAGAGUAUUUAAUGAUAAAUUAGAUGCUAACCAAUAGAAGAAAAUCAAUUUAUUAGCAAAGCAUAUAGAAUACUUAAGUGAGAAUGAAUUUCAAUAUCUGAAUUAUAUUUUGUAGAAAUAAGUAUUAAAUAAACCAGAUUAUGGAGAAUUUUCAUUAGGAAUGUCAAAAGAGGAUACUGAAGUUGGUAAUUUAUUAAAUAGAAUUUCAGGAUCUGGAGUUUGGCCAACAGCACAUCCUUAAUGGUUAUAAUAAUAAGAAACUAUAGCUAAAUUAUGGCCUUUAGGAUAAUAAGGAAUUGCAACUUUAUUUUCUGAAGUAGUUGGAUUUGGAGGUGGAGUAGGAACAGGAACAUAAGGAUAAGCUGCUCCUGCUGCUUCUGUUUAAGAAGAAAAAAAGGCAGAGACUCCUAAAGAAGCUCCAAAAGAAGCUACUGUAAUUUCUAUUGAAAAAAUAUUUAGAAAUCUAAUUAUGAUGUUAUUCUUGAUACUUUUGAUGCUGCAUAAAAAAUUAAGAUCAUUAAAGAUGUUAGAGCAAUUUUCAAUUUAGGUUUGAAAGAAGCAAAAGACUUAGUAGAAAAACUACCUGCCACAUUAAGUAAAUAAAUGAAAAAAAGUGAUGCUGAAGAAUUGAAGGUAAAAUUAGAAGCUAUCGGUUGCACGAUUAAGUUAGUGUGAGAGU